AUGUGUCGAACAGCUUACCUACUUGCCCUACUACCCGCCAUCGCAACCGCGGCCAUACAAUGCUAUGUCGGUCAAAAGUUAUUUGCCCUCGAGAGUAAUAUGGCCGUUUGCGCGCCCUUUGUACCGUAUCACUGUGCAGUAUCUUGUGAAUGGAAGCACAAUUGCUCUUCAACAGUCGGAUAUGAGGCAUUCUCGGGACGCAGAACCUUCGUUUCUGGAGUUCUGAUGAACACCAAGUCGUUGAUGGCUCUGUGCUGUACUUCCUUUGCCACCAAGAUUGAGAGCGACAACCGUGGAGAACGAUGCGCGUGGAGGGACUGGGAUUCGGUUCCGGUUCUUGGCCCAUCUCUACGUGCCGAGCCCGUGCUCGGUGUGAAUCACUAUAUUCGCGAUAUUGAAAUGGAACGAGAUGGGGAUUCAAGGGUUGAUGCUCGCAUUGAAGUUUGCCAAUAUCAAAAAGAAAUGGAUAGCUGCCAACCAGAGAAAAUGACCGAAGCCGAGCAGCACCGACUCAACCUCCUGAAGCUGCGCCUCGAACGCUUCCAAGCCAAGGCCGACCUCCAAAAGGAGAGCCAACCCGAAAAAAUCGAGGAACCCAUCGUAUCUCAU